AUGAAUAAAUUAUUUUCAAAAACUGUUAAAAAUCAAGUCAAUCAAGGGCAGGUACCCUCUCACAAAUCGUUUACUGAAGAAGAGUCGACAACAGGAACAACGGCAACCAUUUCUACAACUCCUUCUACAGCCACAACUACUACAAUUAACCCAACAUUCCAAGCUUCUACUACUUAUUCUAGGUUAAAUUGCGCUGAUACUAGUAAUCGUAACAGUCAAAAUAAUUUAAAUAUCUUUGACAAAAAUGUAUUCACAGAUUCGUUAACAUAUCAUUUAGCUCGUGCUUCACCUUUCUCUGGUGAAGCAAAACGUAUAUCAUUAGUAGGAGAACCAAUAAUAACCAUAAGAAGCAAAGCAUUUUUUCUAGAAGCAGAAUUAAGAAGAACAGGUGCGUUUAGUAAUACUUGGCAUUUUGAUUUUGAAGGAAAGGAUUAUAGAUGGAAACCAGCUCAAUUGGGAGCAAAGGAUUGUGAUUUAGUAUGCGAAUUAGUAGAAUAUGAUAUAUCUAUGUCUCCAAAUACUACUACUCCAAAAUUUUUAUCAUUUAGUAGUAGUGUAAUUUCUCCAUCUCCUAAAAAAAAUAAAAUAAAAAUUGCAACUUUAUUAAGAAACUCAUCAAAUUCUAAUGAUGGUAAUGAUAGAAAUGCUAUUGGAGAAUUAACUAUUUUUAAAGAAGCUUGGUUAGAUGUUAAAGAACAUAGAGCACUUGAAGUUUUGUUAAUUCUAGGUUGUAUGGUUAUGUUGGAUGUCAUUGAAACUUCUUAA